AGCCGAACAUCCUAUAGGACAAUUUUAUGGCGUGCUUUCUUGCCCCUUUUCGAGAUCCCACAAUUCGUUCCCGCCAUUCCCCAUUGCCUAUCACGGCUAUGGACUCGCGGAGAGCCCAACAUCAACGCUUUGCGGCUACUUGUCAAUCUUAGCUGCUGUCCCGAUAUGGUCCCGUACCUGCUUGGAGCAAAGGGGGUGAGCGGUCUCCUACGAUUGCUGGAUACGGAUCGAGAAGAGGUACUGCUUCGAGCGAUUACUUGGUUGCUUUGUACUUCGUCGGCUGUGGAUGCACUCCAUUUGACUUACGAUCGGAUAGCUUGCCAUAAUCAGCCCUUCGAUGCUCUACCGUUAUCACUAUCCACUCAGGACCCAUUCCGAAAUCCCGCGCACACGCUUUAUUACUCUAUAUAUGGUCCAAAAAGUCGUGAAGAGUUGGAACAACGUGCUAAUGAGUUGACAAAUCACGCAAAUCCAGAUGUGGUGAACAAGGCUAUGCGAUUACUGGAGAUACUGAAGAAUAUCCCUCCAUUCCCAACACUUGGAUCACAGCUAAACCGCUUGUGACC